AAACGAUUAUUUAACACGUAUACGUGAAAAUAAAAACAAACGGCAAUUAAUCAUUCAAAUAAAGUGUUCAAUUUUUGUCAAUUUUUAAGCCUACAAAAAUCGAUAACAUCGAUUAUUUUACAAUAAUCGACAAUCAACUCUCGACUAUCAUUGGCUUUGCAUUUUUCAUCCCUACUCUUUUCUGUUCUUUUCGGCUGCUCGCCACGCUCGCUUCGCUCGUUCCGGUAUUGGGCGUUUUUUUGUGUUUAGUUCCUAGAAAAUUCUACAAAAAGAGAUGGAUGAAAAAAGUUUGGAGUUUUUGGAAAAUGUGGAUCCCGAGAACGCAGAAUUUUAUAUUGUUCUUUUUAAAGGCAACGUUCUACGUACCAAGGCAGCCGAAAACUAAUUUGGAAGGCGCGAAGCAGCCCAGGGGUAAAUUAUAUGAUAAAUAUACCUGUAUAAUAAAAGAUUUGCGUGCUUCAGGAUUACGGUCGAAAGAGUCCGAACAGCCAACAACUGUUCAUGACGAUGGAGUAAAGAGAGAUGAACAGGGUGAAGUGAAGGAAGACCUGGAGUGGUUAAGACGAUGCCUCGAACCCGAGGUUGAGGCUACUGAGCGGUGGAGUAGGACUUCUGAUUAUCGCCUCCAUUCCUUAAGAGUUACUCCUACUAGAAAAAAGGCUAUUUGUCUGAAGACAACGAAAACGGACACGGGAAUGGGAUUGGGAUUGGGAUCGGGAAUGGGAAUGGGAGAAGCAACCACUGCAGCCACAGUGACUGCAAGGAGUGCGUGGACAGCUCACAAGGCACACGCAGACAUAAAAACAGUGGUCGCGAAUUUGAGAUCCCGCAAAUACUUGAUUUACUUCACUCCACACUAG